CCUGUUCUUUAUUGGUGCUCUUGAUGCUGUUGAUUCAUGCACGGUGUGAGAAAAUAUCACCAAGACCAGGACUGAAAACAUUCCGGGAGGAUUACAAGAGUGUGGCAGAAACUUGUCAUUCCGUUGGAUUUGUCAGAAAAGAUUGUAAAAAUGUUGCAGACAAUGCGAAAAAACAUGCAAACGAACAGAUGGUUGCCUUUGACGUCAGAUUAAAGAACCAUAAAAGGAAUCUUGCUACGAAAACAAAGGUUGUGUUCGAAACGGUUGACUUGAACGAAGGACAAGGAUACAACGCUUCCACUGGUAUCUUCACCGCGCCAUAUGGAGGACUGUACGUAUUCGACUGGACAACUCUAGCCUGGGAAGGCCAAGUUGCAUACACAUCUCUCGUAGUAAAUGGCUCCUACAAAUCGUGGAAUCAUUGUCAGGAUGUAUCCAAGACCUGGCUUCCUUGUAGCAAGAUGACGAUUGCAAGGCUAAAUCGCAGGGAUAAAGUUUGGAUUGGGGUCUUCAGUGGACCAGCAAACAUGUAUAAACAAUACACUUCUUUCUCUGGCUAUAAACUCUAA